GUUGCUGCUUGACCUGCAUACAGAUUUCUCAGGAGGCAGGGCAGGUGGUCUGGUAUUCCCCUGUCGUUCACAAUUGUCCACAGUCUGUUGUGAUCCACACAGUGAAAGUAUGUAGUUACACUGUACUACUCUACUCUCCCAGGUACUGUAAAGUUCAGAGUUUGUUUUGUAUGCAUUUGCGUGGAAAGUAGUAUAAGCCAAUUACGGUAACAGAACUAUACAGCUUGAUUGUGUUAGUAGGGUAUCUAGGCUAACUCUGUUGUCCUUAUGAACAAGUUGGACUUAACGAAAUCACCCUUAGAAUGGAACUCGCUCUCGUAUGCAGGGGGCUGACUUCAGUAGAUUCACUGUUACAGGUUUUCGAGCAAGUUAAUUGCUAUAUAUGCAUUAUCAUUAUGUCACAUCUUUGAAUAUUUUGAUAAGGAUGUCAAGAAUUAUCUUCCAUUGCCAUUCCAUGUAUUUUAUUUUACGAAUUUGUACAUUAUUCUUGCCCCCCCCUCUCUCUCUCUCACACACACACACGCGCGCACACACACACACACACACACACACACGUAUGGGCGCAUGUACUCAAACAAAUGCGCUCGCGGGAAGAAGUCUAACACAGGCACAAUGACUCGUCCCUGGUCCCCAGGAAAGCUUCCUGUGGUCGCCCGGCGACCUUCUGUGUCCUGAGGCCCGCUCCCACCCCACCUGGCCUCAGGGCUGCACCGCCGGGCCUUUUACUCCAAGGCUGGUUAGCAAACACAUCGGAGGGAAAGGGUCCCCAGCCCCGACCCCAGGCAGCUUCCAACCGAGGCUUUUUCAGGCAGGCUGGGGCGACAGGAGAGCUACCUGAGAGGGUCGGCCGAGGCGGGCCAGCGCUGGCCCACCCCAGGUGCGUCAUGGCCGUUUCCCCGACUUGGAUCGUGGCUCCUCCAGGGUGACCACCCAGCAAAGUGCCUGGUGGGGGACACAGUGCAUCUUGGAGACUUACAGGGUUUUGUCCCCAGCUCCCAGCCAGGUCUUGUGGGAGGGGUUUCCAGGCGCAGAGAUGCCACGUCCGCGUAGGGCCCCGCCCCCCGCGCUGGGGGCGUGCAGCCGCGUGCCACGCCGGGUAACGUGCGUUGUCGUGCGUGACGUGCGUGACGUGCGUCACGUGCGUAACCCAGGUAACCUAGGGGCGUUUGUUUCCCCCCAGCUGCGGUCGGACCCUGCCGGCAGCCGAGGCGGCGAAAACCGGAUCCUUCCUUCCACAGGGGCCGCAACUCCAGGGUCUCCCAGCCGAACAGUGGCUCAGAGAGAGCUGAUUGAUGAAGACAAAAAUAUAUAUGCCUAGAGAGCUAAAGCAGCUGAGGACCACUGAUUCCAUGAUUCCAGUCACUGUAGAAUCUGAAAAUGUUUGUGUAACUGUAUUCUUCAUGGAUAUUUAUGUGUCUGUGUAACUGUAUUCUUCAUGGAUAUUUAUGUGUCCUAGAUUAAAAGUGAUCAAUGGCUGAUUCCUGCAGGAUUCCUGUCAUUGAAUAACCAUGAACAAAUAUAUUUGCCUUCCCUGCACAUAAUUCUUCUGCCAAAGACUUAACCAUUAAUGAACUUACCUAAUGCCAUAUCCAGCAUUGUAGUAUUCUAAAUGGCAUUACUUAUAAUCAAGGAACUCAUUUAUUAGCAAAAGAAAUGUGGCAGUUGUCCAUGCUCAUGGAAUUCACUGAUACUACCAUGUUCGCUACCAUCUUGAAGCAACUGAAAUAGAACUGUGGAACAGUCUUUUGAAGACACAGUUACAGUACUAGAGAGGUGAUAGUAUUGCAAGGCUGAGGCAAGGAUGUGGUGUAUGUGUUUUGAAUUGGCGUCCAGUACAUAGUGCUGUUUUUCUCAAGCAGGAUUCAUUGAUCCAGGAAUCAGAAGAUGAAAAUGGUACCAUUGACUAUUACUUCUAGUGACCCACUAGCAAAUUUUUUGUAUGAUUGUAUGCCCUGCUGCCCCUUCCAUGAUGGAAGAAAUCUAAUGUGAUCAAUUUACCACCAAGUAGCUUGCUGAUGCCUUAGAGCAUGGUGCCACAUUGAGGACUCAGUUUUGGUCUGUUGCUGGCAGAUUAAACA